GAUCAGAGAAGAGUGCCAUACGACAGCCUGAAAGUCUUUUAGAGUAUCAUGAAAUAUCCGAGGCACAAUAUUAGAUGAUCCCCGAUGAAGAUAACAGCAGCCCUGACGCAGUUCCGUGCUGAGAGCUUUCCUGCGAUAUUUGUGUGAGAACAUAAAGUGUGCAGAAGUCCUCAGCGACGUAAAUUUCAGAUGUAAAUUUGUAAGAAGUGAGAAGAAAUGAAAGAUUUGCCACAACAGUAAACAAACGAAAGGUUCACCAUCCCGAACAUUGUUUAAAAGAACACAAUGGACCCCGAAAGCAGAACCAAGAAUCUCCACUUGUAUUUAGCAAUAUUGUUAGGCGACGUUAAAGAACUUCAGAAUUGCAUUGCAUCGGGGGCGGAUAUUGCAGUUGCAGACAAGUUCGGUGAUACUUUCCUUCAUUAUGUCGCGAAGCUUGGACACUGUAGAGCAGCCAGAGUAUUAUUAGAAGCCAGAAUCGACCCCAAUGCUUCGAACGGCGCGGGUCAGACGCCUCUCCACUAUGCGGCAAGAGCAGGAAACGAGAAAAUUAUUCGAAUCUUACUCAAAAAUGGCGCCCACAUGCGUGUGUUGGACCACAGGGGCCACACGCCGUUGCAGAUUGCAUCACAACGCCAAAGAGAUAAAGCCACGAGGGUAUUACAUAAGAAUAAAACCACAGAGACAAAGAUCUAUCGUCCAAAGCGACUAAAUAUCAUGAUCGACUGCGAUCUCUUCCCAAAGUUGGGUGCGAUUGUGGCGACGGCGAAACGAACCACAGUACUGGACUUUCUAGGCAUGAAGGACAUACACGCAGCAGUCACGGAAGGCGAAAUAGAUCGCGUGAAGAAGUUACUGGAAAACAAACAAAAUGUUCAUAGUAAAAGUCACGACUUGUCUACACCUCUCCAUUUUUCUGCUUUCGGAGGGAGCACUGAUAUAGUAAAAUUUCUACUGAAAAAAGGCGCGAACCCCGAUGCCGAAAAUGAAACGGGCGACACUCCGCUCCAUCUUGCAGCCAUCAGCGGGAAGAUUGAGGUCUUGCCGCUGUUAGCAACCGCAGCCAACAUCAAUAAAUCAAGUGCCACUCACGACAAGCUUAUACAUUAUGCCAGAUAUGGAGGAGAAAAUCCUGAGCAGGCUAUGUUGGACGUUUCUCAUCUCUCCUCAGAGGGAAACACACCGCUCCAUUUUGCGUGUUUGGCUGGGCAUAUCGAAGCAGUAAAUAUUUUGUUGGAAAAGGGUGCUGACCAUAAUUGUACCGCUGAAUCUGGCCAUACACCUUUACAUUAUGCUUCUCUCAGAGGACAUACAAAAAUAGUUCAAAAGCUCAUCGAAGUAGGAGCAGACGUCAACGCACUUGACAGACGUCGAUGUACAGCACUACACUACGCUGCCUCAGCAGGACAUACUUCAGUGGUGGAAGAACUUGCAAGAUCUGGGACAAACUUGCAGCUUCUCACAGACGCCGGGAAAUCUGUUCUUCACGAUGCCUCUUUCUACGGAAGGUUGGACUCCGCCCAGAGGCUGGCAGAGAUUGAACCUAACCUCAUCGCCGUCCGAGACAAGUUGGCGCUUUCGGCAGAAGACACAGCUCACAUCCGAGGUCAUGUUCACACAGCCUGGUGGCUCCAGAAGCAAACGGAGGCAGAAACCAGUCAUGAAACUUUUAACCACAGGACGAAAAUCUGCAAAAACGAUAUCAAUGACUAUGGCGAAAUCAGCUUGAAGAUAAAGAGCACCAACCAGGGGAAGAAUGCAAGCAUCUUGGCAAGCAGCAUUGACUUCGGUCUGUUCGAGAUCCACUUCCAAGACCACCAAGGGCGGACGCUCCUUCACGUGGCGGCCGAGCAGAAUGACUUUGCCAACGUCAAGGUCCUUUUGGAGAGAGGCGCCCUGCCCACAGCUCUCACCUUCAACAGCAAGACUCCCGGGGAUCUUGCCCUUGAGAAAGGUCAUUUACAGGCCUAUAAUAUUAUCAACAGCAAGAAGAUUUAUGAAAGCAAAGAAAAUCCUGAAGAGCUGUUUGUAGCUCUGCUCAGACUGAUAACGGAGACCGCAUGCUACAAAGGCAACACAGCAACGACGACCCAUGUCCUUGAGUCCAUGGACGCCAGCACCGAGGGUCAGAACCCGUCGCUGUCGGCCGUGGUGAAGGCAUCGUCGCUUCUGAUCUCGGGCGCCCCCCUGGAGCCUCCUGGGUCCCACACCUGCUACCCGCUCCACCUCGCCAUCACCGCCAACUGCACUCCCCUCCUGCCUCUUCUUCUGGCCGCCGGGGCGCCGCUCACGGCCACUAGGGAUGGGCUUGGCCCGGUGCAGCUCGCGUGGCUCACUCCCAACAUCACCACUUGGAUCGCCGUGCUGGUUACAAGGGCUGUCAGAGACCGGAUUGCGGUGGAGAUGCAGCCCCUGGAUGGCGCCCUUCAGGCAGCUGCACGGGCGCUGCUGGAGGCUUUGGACGGAGACAGGCCGUGGGAGGCCGCGCUCGAGCUUCCCGCCGGCUCCUCGGACUCUCUGGACGCGCUGCUCUUCCGCGCAGCCAAGGGCGGAGCCGCCACACUGGCUUGGUGGAUCUGGAACAGCGGCGGCUCCGCGGUGUCCCGGCACACUAAGGAAGCCACGCCCCUGCACGCUGCCCUGGACGAAGGGCAUCUCGAAACGGCCAGAGCCCUCGCCCUCCACAUGGGGGGGAACCUCUUCCUCCCCGACGCCAACGGACGACUGCCGAUCAGCCUGAUGUCAUCCCACGCAGACAGGAUCAUCAAGGAGUCGUUGGCUCGUGAAUACACUAUACUGGAGCAAGAAAAGGAAAAGGCUAAGAGUUCCGCCAGUCGAAAAGAGGUUCUUGAAGUGACGUUCCUCUUCUUGGUUCUGUGCCUGGAGUUCGACCCGCAGGUGAAUUCUUCCGACUACCCUGACGAGCGCUGGAGGACUGUCCUCUCCUGGUUACUCUCGCUUCACUCUCUCGACACCGAGAGAUACAAAGGCAAAGCGGCGUGGAUAAAAGAGAUGAUUGACACGUUUGGGGAAGUAUGGCGAGAGGUGCACUCGUAUCACGAGGAGGAUAAUCCUGGUUGUUACAAAUACCAUCUGAAAUUAGUUGGAAAGUUGCAUUCCAGGUUCUGGACUCACCGUGAUGAAAUUAGUGAACUCUUUGGUGAAACUGAUAACACACAGCAAGAAAAUUAUAUUUGUGAACUACUGAAGAGAGCCAUUAUCAAGUCAUGUGAUAAAAAUAUGCCUCUGUUCUUACACCUGCUGUCAUGCGUGGCUGGUGUCAAAUUUAGUGAGAAGAUUGACGCAGUGUGUGGAGGAUUCCCACUUCACUGCGCAGCCCUUCACAAUAAUAUGUCUGCAGCCAGGUAUAUUCUGAGCAAAGGAGGCUCACGUAAAGUAAAGGACCGCUUCGGCAACACACCUGCCCACUACGCGUACAUGUUCGGGCACCAGGAGGUUGGGGACUUCUUAGAAACUUACUUGGUUAACAACAAUGGCCUUCCUGCUGAAUAUAUGCUUGAAGGAUACAGCCAUUACCUGAAACUGUAUAAACUCAACUCAAAUGACCUACAGAAAAGGAAAAUGCAAAGAGAUAAUACUGCCUCUCAAAUCAUACAAGAACAUUUACAACAUCUAGAAAGGAAUUGGAUGGAAUAUGGCAUAGAUCAAACUGUCAAAGAAUGCCACAUAGAUUUUACAAGUGGCGAAGCUCAUGAAAUUCAAACAGCUGUUACAGACUUUAUAGGACAAGUGACACUUUCAGUUGGAGAAGCAAAUUCAUUAUACAAAGGUAAUUUGCACAUGUUAGGAAGUUCUGGAGACAAUGUUAGAUUAUUUUGCCCAGAUGAGUUUGACUUUAACAUUAUCAUGCAGAGUAUGGAACCAUCUUUCCCUGUCAACUGGAAUAGAGAGUUAAGAGAUAGACCAGUAAAUAGUGAAGUUUUCAAUGCUCUUGAAAACUUCUAUUACAUUUUGAGCCGAUGCCUUGUAAAGUGUAAGCCAAAAGAUGAGAGAUUAGCCAUUGUUCUGCCGGGAGUGAAGAAGACUCAGGUGGGAGUAGCGCUCAGCCUCGUCUGGACAGGUAAGGUGUUCCCUCUCCUGCUGGUGGAUGUUGAUGUUGUGGCCACUAUUAGAGCCAGUUGGCCACCUGCACUCAGGAGGCCAAAGCUCAUGCCCUCCACCUUUGACUCUGUGUAUUUGAAUAGCAUUGGCGACAAAGAAUGGAGGUUCUCAUUCGCACUGGCAGAAAAUGCAGUUAUGAAAAAUCUGACAGCUGACAAACGCAGGGUAUUUCUGGCCUGCAAGCUGGUACUGAGUGCUCUGAAAGUGGAGAAGUGGGCACCGAGACACAUCCAGAACCAAUUCAAAUAUUUCCAUGGAAGAUUCUUCAAGAUUCCCUCUCCAAAGGGCUUCCUUCUGAAGAAUACCUUCUUCCUGGAGCUGGAGGAGGUGACAGAUGAGGAGCAGUGGACGGAGGAGCAUUUAGUGGAGAGGAUGACCUCGAUAUUCCGGAGGAUGUGCGAGGAAUACACCGAACCCACCUCGCAAGUGACUAACUGGGAACCU